AGCGCACGAGGUGGACUCUCAUAAGGCCAUUCGUUACCGGCCUUAUCAAAACCCUUCCCACCUUAUCCCCUCUUCCUCCUCCUCCCACCACCACCACCAUGGCCGCUGCCGCCGCUUCCACCUCCACCAUCAGCGUGUCUGCUCUCUACCUCUCCUCUUCCCUCACCUGCUCUUCCCCUUCAGGCGCUGGCCGCAUCCUCAAGAUCCCGGCAUCCCGGGGCCUCGCUUUUUCCUGGCUCUCCGCCACUUCGAGAGCUCCUCGCGCUUCCCCACUCUUCGUCCCCGCCUCGGUCGCCUCUCCCAACUCCGUCCUCAGUGAAGAGGCCUUCAAGGGCUUCCGUGGCCUCCCCAAGUCUCCGCUUGAGGAGGGCGAGGAGGAGGAGGAAUACGCCUCCGAUUCCUACAACUCAGAGGAGGAGGAAGAGGGUUUCGCUGCUGAAGUGGACCAGGAUGAGCUUGCCGUUUCCAAAUUGGGCCUGCCGCAGCAGCUAGUUAGUAUCCUCGAGAAGCGAGGGAUUACCAAUCUUUUCCCUAUCCAGAGGGCCGUUUUGAUUCCCGUUCUUGAAGGACGAGACCUUAUUGCACGGGCUAAGACUGGAACGGGAAAGACUUUGGCGUUUGGAAUUCCCAUAAUCAAGCGGCUGACUGAGGAUGAUGAGGCAGAGGGGAGGAAGAGGUCAAGGCUGUUAGGUCGUCUUCCUCGGGUUCUAGUUCUUGCACCUACCAGAGAAUUGGCCAAACAGGUGGAGAAGGAAAUUAAAGAAUCAGCACCUUAUCUGAGCACUGUCUGUGUUUAUGGUGGAGUAGCUUACAAUAUUCAGAAAAAUUCACUUUCCCGUGGUGUUGAUGUGGUCGUGGGAACUCCUGGUCGAAUAAUUGACCUUAUUAAUGAUGAUAGUCUUAGGCUUGGAGAGGUUCAAUAUUUGGUUCUAGAUGAAGCUGAUCAAAUGCUUGCUGUUGGAUUUGAAGAAGAUGUGGAAGUAAUAUUGCAGAAACUUCCACCACAACGUCAAAAUAUGUUGUUCUCUGCAACAAUGCCUGGUUGGGUUAAGAAGUUGUCUAGGAGAUACCUAAACAACCCUCUGACAAUUGAUUUGGUUGGAGACCAAGAUGAGAAACUAGCAGAAGGCAUUAAACUUUAUGCCAUAUCAACAACUGCAACUUCAAAGCGCACUAUUCUGAGUGACUUGAUUACGGUUUAUGCCAAGGGUGGGAAAACAAUUGUUUUUACUCAGACAAAGCGUGAUGCUGAUGAAGUAUCCAUGGCCUUGAGUAAUAGUAUUGCUUCUGAGGCACUGCAUGGGGAUAUAUCUCAACAUCAACGAGAAAGAACCUUGGGUGGAUUUCGUCAAGGGAAAUUCACUGUGCUGGUUGCAACUGAUGUUGCUGCUCGGGGACUAGACAUACCGAAUGUUGAUUUGAUUAUUCAUUAUGAACUACCAAAUGAUCCAGAGACAUUUGUGCAUCGUUCUGGUCGUACUGGACGUGCUGGAAAAGAAGGCAAUGCCAUCUUGAUGUUUACUAGUAGCCAGCGGAGAACAGUUAAAUCUCUUGAACGUGAUGUGGGAUGCAGGUUCGAGUUUGUAAGCCCACCUUCAAUGCAAGAGGUAUUGGAAUCAUCUGCUGAGCAAGUGGUUGCUACUCUGCGAGGUGUUCACGCAGAUUCAAUCCAAUAUUUCCUUCCAACUGCUCAAAGGUUGACUGAUGAACAAGGAACACAUGCUCUUGCUGCUGCUUUGGCACAUUUAAGUGGAUUUUCUCAACCACCUUCAUCUCGUUCUCUUAUCAGUCAUGAGCAGGGGUGGGUGACAUUACAAUUAACACGUGAACCUGGAUAUUCAAGAGGGUACUUCUCUGCAAGAUCUGUUACUGGAUUUCUUUCUGAUGUAUAUCCUGAUGCUGCUGAUGAAGUGGGCAAGAUAUGCAUGAUUGCAGAUGAAAAGGUUCAAGGUGCUGUUUUUGAUUUACCUGAAGAGAUUGCUAAAGAAUUGUUAACUAAACAAUUGCCUCCAGGAAAUUCUCUUGUCAAGAUCACCAAGCUCCCUAUCCUACAAGAUGAUGGUCCUGCCACUGACUUCUAUGGCCGAUUUUCAAACCGGGAACGGAGCUAUAGAGGUGGUGGUUCGCGGGAACGAAGUCAGAGGGUUUCAAGAAGUUGGGGUGGACGAAACUAUGACAGUGAUGAUAGCUAUGGACGGGGUGGGCGAAUCAGUGAUGAUAGCUAUGGAUGGGGUGGCCGAGCAUCCAGAACUGACAGUAGCUGGUCUCGAAACACUAAGCCACGAAGAGACAGUGAAGAUGACUGGCUAAUUGGUGGAAGAAGAUCUAGUCGGACACCCUCAUUUGGCAACCGAGAAAGAGGAUUUGCAGGGGCUUGCUUUAACUGUGGCCGGUCUGGCCACCGUGCAUCAGAAUGUCCAAACAAUAAGUAGCAACUUAUGCAUACAUUCUCACCAGAUCCGAUCCUCCAGCUCUUAGAUGUCUUCAAGAUCCAAUGGCUGACUGCAUAGAAGUAACUAACGUCAUCAUGCGCCAUUGCUGCAUCACAUUGCAGCUACACCAUGCAGAGGUGAGGAUGUGGUAACCCUAAUUGGGAGAUAGUGAGUUCUAGCUGAUACUGAAAGUGAAGUUCUUGAUCCUAGAUUAGCUCCACACUGUAUUUUAUCUUCAAUCAUAUAAUGGGAGGAUCUUCAAAAUGUUGUUUUCCUUUUUUUUUUUUUAAUUAUCUGAAAUUGUGAUCAAUCUAAACUACUGUCUGAUAGUGCAUUGGAGUGCAGGCAGUGCGUUCUCUUGUUGUUCUUAUUGGACAUAUAAAUAUAUGAGUUGUAUCUGCUUUUAGCAGAGUAGCUUUUUAUCGUCA